AUGAAGCUUAAGGAUUUUAUUGACUUGCCUUUUACGUGUCAUCUUUUUAUAGGAAUCAUCAUCAGAGUAGCGUUGAUUGUGUAUGGAGAUAUACAUGAUAAGGUAUACGAUGUCCCAUACACAGACGUAGACUAUAAAGUGUUCACUGACGCGGCUAGACAUGUUGCCAAAGGACUUUCUCCAUACAAACGUCAUACAUACAGAUAUAGCCCUUUGAUAGCUUAUUUCUUAGUCCCUAAUAUAACAGUGGGCAAAAAUUGUGGAAAGUUACUCUUUUCUGUCUUUGAUAUCUUGGUCACUGUUGCUGUUAAAAGCUUGGUGGAAUAUCAGUUAGGAUCAAAGAAAAAGAGUACUAAGAAUAUACCGGUUUAUUGCGCGCUGUUUUGGCUUUACAAUCCUUUAAGUAUUGGAAUAUCUACUAGAGGCAAUGCAGAUUCAGUACCAUGUUUCUUUAUUAUUCUAUCAAUUCUUUUCUUACAAACUGACAUAGUCAAAUCCAAUUUUAAAUACGUUCUAUCUGGGAUUUUGCUGGGUAUUUCUAUACAUCUACGUUUGUACCCAUUGGCGUUCAGUUUUCCCAUGUAUUUGUCUUUAGGCGAAUAUAAAAUUAAUAGACGGACUAGUAUCAAAGAUGGGAUUAUAUCUCUUUUGCCUAAUGUGAAGCAAAUAACUUUGGCGACGAGUUGCGUUGUAACUCUUGUACUUCUAACUGUAGGAAUGUAUAGAUUAUAUGGCUAUGAAUUCUUAUUCGAAACAUACAUUUACCAUCUAUUUAGAAAAGAUACUCGUCAUAACUUCUCUGUACUUUUCUACUAUUCAUAUUUAACCAUGGAUCAGCUGGCUUUUGAUAUAGUAAAAGUACUUGCUCAAAUAUUCGAAUGUAUCAUAUUAUUUGUGGGUAGUUUAGCUUUUGGUACCAAUCCGAAAACGUUGCCUUUUGCUUUGUUUUUCCAGGCAGUUGUUCUGGUCGCAUAUAACAGUGUAAUGACGUCACAAUAUUUCAUUUGGUUUUUAUCUUUGCUGCCUUUGGUUGUGCACAAUUUUAGGCUGAAACCGGCCAAUGCGUUAUUUUUGACUUUUAUUUGGGUAUUUGCCCAAGCCGCUUGGUUGUUUUACGCGUAUUUACUUGAGUUCAAAUGUAGACAGGUUUUUAUACUGAUUUGGUUGAAGAGUGUUGUGUUUUUCUGUGCAAAUAUUUAUGUUUUGGGGCAACUUGUCAAGAGCUAUUCGCCUAGUUAUGCUUUUGGGGAAAUUUUGGCUUCGAAUGAAAAAGUAAAAUAAAGAAGCUAAUAUAAACCUUAUAUUGAUAACAGUGUACCAAGUCAAAAUAUAUUCGAUUUGACUAUUUAACAUCUUAUUGCAUUGUAAGAUAUAAAAUCACAAAUACAAUGCACAUUAUAACUGGUCGAUUGACAAGAGCUGCCACGAAUUGAAUGAAUGAUAAUAUGUUUCAAACUAACCAAUAAAAUGAUGACACAGCACAGAGUGACGGAAAGUUUCGUUCAUUCCAUUCGUUCCAGCUUUAGUGAAUCAACCUGUAUUUGACUCUUUUUUUUUUUAAUAAGUAGUUAGAGAGUGCAAUAAAACUAUGAUAGAAUAGAUGUUGUAGAUAUAGAAGUAAUGGAUUAAUAAAUAAAUAUUCAAAAAUGA